AUGGGGAGGCCUGGCAGAGUCAACAGAAGCUCCACCACUGAGUUCCUCCUCCUGGUAUUUGCAGAUAGACGGGAGCUGCAGCUCCUGCACUUCUGGCUCUUCCUGGGCAUCUACCUGGCUGCCCUCCUGGGCAACGGCCUCAUCUUCACCGCCGUUGCCUGCGACCACCACCUCCACACCCCCAUGUACUUCUUCCUCCUCAACCUCUCCCUCCUCGACCUGGGCUCCAUCUCCACCACUGUUCCCAAAGCCAUGGCCAAUUCCCUCUGGAACACCAGGGACAUCUCUUACUUGGGAUGUGCUGCACAGGUCUUCUUUAUCAUUUUCUUUGCUACAACAGAACUUUCUCUUCUCACCAUCAUGGCCUAUGACCGCUACGUUGCCAUCUGUAAACCCCUGCACUACGGGACCGCCCCCUCCAUUUCUUUCCCAUCCCUGGAUAUGUUGGUGGCUGUUCUGUACUCAGUAGUUCCUCCAGUCAUGAACCCUCUCAUCUACAGCAUGAGGAACAAGGAGCUUAAGGAUUGCCUGAGGAGACUGAUGACUGGAUAA